UAGCCAAAAUGUUCAAAUUGGUGGUGUUGUCUGCUAUCCUGGCUGUUGCCGUCGCUGCCCCAUCCGGAGUGUCCCACUAUGCUGCCCCCAUCCUCACCAAGGCCGUCCACUACGCCGAGCCUCUGCACGCCACCGUGGUGAAGCCCGAGCUUGAGCGCCGCACGUACGUCGAGGUUGAGCCCCAGGUGCACGUUGUCGACACCCCAGUGGUGAAGAAGGUCGCCGAUGUGGUCGAGAGCAUCCCCACUGCCGUGUCCCACCAGAGCUCCACCAUCGUCCACAACAAGGAGCACUACGUCCGCCCCGUGCUCGCCCACGGAUACGAGAAGACCAUCGUCGAGGGCUCCCCCAUCGUGAAGACCUACCACGAGGACACCCCCGUGCUCAAGACCUACACCGCUCCCAUCGGCUACGCUCACCACUACGAGCCCCACGCCUACGCCUACGCUGCCCACGGUUACACCGCUCCCUACGCCCACACCUACGCCGCCCCCUACCUCCGCUACGGAUGGUAA